AAUGCAACACUAGACUUUAAAGAGCAGUGACCACAUUCACACAGUUCACGUGUUCUGCACAAUCUUCAGUGAUGUUCUCUGUUCAGACUCUCUUUACUCUUGCGCUGGUCAGUUCAGCGUCGAUGUCUGACCUGCCAUUGUCUGUAAAUCAACAAGAACAAGGCAGUUUCCUCUUAGCAUCUGUUGGAGAUAACAUCACCCUAAGUUGUGCUUCUUCAAAAAAUGUUAAGAUUGGACCUAAACUUUACUGGUACAAACAAAAAUUGGGCAUGAAACCAGAGCUCAUCUCUUCAUAUUUAAAAUACGACCAGAAGCAUGAAUUUUAUGGAGAAUUUCUCAGCAACAAUCGUUUCCAGCUGGAUUAUGACAAUGACAAAAAUAACUUACACAUCAACAACAUAAACAUCUCUGAUUCUGCUGUUUAUCACUGUCUGGAAUGUUAUUUACAUCAAAGUGAGUUCCAGGAAAGUGUCACUGUGAUUGUGAAGAGUUUGAGCCCAACAGUUAAAGUCCAUCAGUCUCCACAUGAGGAAAUAGAACCAGGAAAUAAUGUGGUUCUAAACUGUAGUGUCCAGACUGAGAGGUGUGAAGGACAGCACAGGGUUCACUGGUUCAAACAGUCUGAAGAGUCUGCAGCAGGAGUCCUGUACAGUCAUGGAGGAGGUCGUGUGGGUGAUGGGUGCAAGAACAAUGGAAAAAGUCCAACCAACUCCUGUGUGUACAACCUCCCCAUACACAAUGUGAACUCAGAGCAGACUGGGACCUACUACUGCGCUGUGGCCGCCUGUGGACAAGUCCUGUUUGGGAACGGGACCAGGAUCACAAUCAAAAGUGUCUCAGACAGUAUGGUUUAUGUUCUGAGUGGAGUUUCCAUAUUCAGCACCAGCCUGGUCGUUUUACUCACAUUUUUCUUCUGUGUCCAUAGUAAGACAGAGACAUACAUGAGAAAUCCUACAACAAACACUAAGGAUUUCUCCAAACUUGUCCAGUACAAGGCCACAGAACAGAUGAACAGAAGGAGCGGACACACACCUGACACAUGGACCGAAUGUGUCUACUUCAGUGUCAAGAAAUGAAAGAAAAAAAAGGGCACAUUUGAAAAAAAAAUGCCAUUGAAUAAAACGUCAUCUCUUCUUUGCUGCUGUAAAAAGUCUGGUAAAACUCAAGAGUUUUUCCUUUCGGCUCAGCUCCCUCUUCACCACAGUGGUCUGAUACAACAUCACAAAACCACAAUAUGUUUUCUUAAAUGUUUGAUCGUGUAUAGAUGCAGUGUGAGCUGAUGUCUAUGUAAUGUUUUCAUAUACAAAUAAAGCAUUUCAUGUGUAA